CAGUAAACGACACUGGAGACUGGACAUUGCGAGUGUGGCGCAAGUAAGCAGAGUUUUAAAAACCGAUUCAGCAGUUCUCUCUCUAUUGUACUCUCUAAUCCUUCUCAUUUCCGCUGCAAAAAAUAACAAUGGAGGAAGAGUACUCAGUGGAUCCAGCUCAGUUACUGGAAGCUGCUACUGACUUUGCGUAUUAUCCUGGCGCUCAUUCCGAUGCUUCAGCUCAAGACUUUCUCAAUCGAUUUCCUCUUCCUGCCAUUAUCAAUGCUUUGCAAACAAAAGCAGAACACCCUGGCCUGGAAAAUGCGUUGGUUGAUUGUUUAGAAAGGCUUUUCAAGACAAGAUAUGGAGCAUCACUCAUUCCACACUACAUGCCAUUUGUAAUUGUUGGUCUGGGUGCAGAGUCUCAAAAAGUCAGACGUUUAGCUUGCCAAACAGUGUCUUGUCUUUUGGAGAAUAUUGAUGAAGCUAUUGUUGUACAACUAAUUCAUGAGUAUGGAGUUUAUCAACUUUUGCUUAAUUGCCUCAUCAGUGGGGAUGAGGAAGUUGCUGCCACAUCUACAGAUGCAGUUAGGAAACUGGCUAGCCAUUCAAAAGGCAUCGAUAUCAUAUUUCCAGAGAGUGGCAAUGAAGCGACAAACCUCGUGAACUUGGCAACCAACUGUUCACCUCUGGGAAGAGUCAGAGUCUUAGCUUUGAUAGUGAAGUUGUUCUCCAUUUCCACUUCUGUGGCAUCAAGAGUGUAUAAUUCAAAUCUUCUUAGCCUGGUGGAGGUAGAAAUUAGCAAUGCAAAUGAUACAUUAGUCACUUUGAGCAGCUUGGAACUCUUAUAUGAGUUGGCUGAUGUUCAGCACAGCACUGAGUUCUUGUCAAGGACAAAACUUCUCCAAAUUCUUACUUCAAUUAUUAGCGAUGCUUCUGCUGAAUCGAUCUUGAGAUCAAGAGCAAUGAUGAUAACUGGAAGGCUAAUGGCGAAGGAGAAUGCCUUUGUAUUCAUCGAUGAAUUUGGUAUUAGAAAUCUUAUUUCAGCCAUUGACAGAAGAUUCAAUUUGUUAGAAAGUGAAAAUGCAGAUGAGUGUGAAUGCGCCCUUGAAGCACUGGGACAAAUUGGAUUCUGGUUGCUUCAUAAUAUUCUCAGAAAGUCUCUAUUCUGUCCGCUUGUUCUUGAUAUGCCUAUGCUUCUCAAUAGUAAAUACUGGUUCUUGCAUUCAUACAGAACCAGCAAAGGGGCAGCAUUGCUUCUCUCAGGUGCACAACCUGCCGGAAGACAUGUCAUUUAUGCAGCUUUUGAUCGGCAACAGCAUGGUAAACAGCUGGCGGCAUUGCAUGCUCUUGCAAACAUUGUUGGAGAAACUCGUGCAGAAAAUGAUGUAUUGCUGGAUGGUGUUGCAGAGGAGAGUCUUCGGCGUCUGAUCUAUGAAACAGCAUCCAAGACUUCAAAGCUGACACCUUCAGGUCUCCUCUUAUCAGUCCUUCAACAGGAUUCAGAAAUUCGUAAGGCGGGCUAUAGAGUGAUAACUGCGUUGGUGAUGCGACCUUGGUGCCUGAUGGAGGUUGUCUCCAGACAAGAAAUAAUAAAUAUAGCAACUGACACUUGUACAGAGAGAGACAAGAUAGGUAUGGAAGCUAGACACAAAUGUUGCCAGUCAAUCUACAAAGGUUUCACCUCAUCUAGUAAGCUGAUCGCUGACAAUGCACUUUCUGGUGUAGCUACAAAGCUGGAGGAAGCUAUCAGAAGAGGUCCUUAUUUAGGAAGAAGGCUUUCUGAAGCUCAACCUACAGUGAUGACGGAGCAGAGAUUUUAGUCUUCUCGACAUCAUAGAUACUAUCUACAAGUGUUACUUUCAGCCUUUACAUAUCAACUUUAAGAUGUUAAACCCCAGUACCCUGUAGUGGAUCAAUUAGCGGGAUAUUGUGACUUCCCUUGUAAAAAGUCCCCCUUUCUGUAGGCAAUCAGCAACAAAGAUGGUAAACUAGAUGUCUAGGCAUUUGGUUGAAACUGCAUAAGUUGGGUGUAGCUGCUCGACUUCACUAGCCUUCUACAUUUCCAAAGAUCUAAUCCAAGAGUUUUAACUGCUUUAUGCUUGAAUGUUUCAUAAUGAGUUGAUAAACGCUUGAACUUCGAGCUUGUUUAGAUGAAUCUAUGUUGAACCUUGGUUGGCUCUA